UAUUCGGUCUGAGUUUAAACCAGAUCAAAAAUAAAUAAUUAAUUUUCAUUCCUUCGAGUUCCACACCCCCUUCGACAUCAUCACCAAAAAAUCUCCACUGAGAAAGUGUCCCACGUUUUCCUUUACCCCUUUCAAUGUUGACAAAAACCCACUAAGCUACCUUCUAUGGAGAAUAUCAAAGUUUCGAUUUUUCUCUGAUUCGGUAUAAACUGACCAAAUACUGUGCUGAAGCAAUGCGUAGAGAGAUCGCGUUUCUCGCUCAGCCUCGAUUCCUCAUUCUCCUCCUUGUUCUCUCAAUUUUCAUUAUUUUCGCAUUCUCUUCUUCUAAACUGGCCGAUGAGAAAACAGAAGAGGAGCCUGAAAUUACGCAUAGAGUUUUCUUGGAUAUUGAUAUUGAUAAACAGCGUUUAGGUAGGAUCGUGAUUGGAUUAUAUGGCCAAGUGGUACCAAAAACUGUGGAAAAUUUUAGAGCUUUGUGCACAGGGGAGAAAGGCGAGAGUGCAAGUGGUGUAAAACUUCAUUAUAAAGGAACACCUUUUCAUCGGAUAGUAUCUGGUUUUGUGAUUCAGGGUGGUGAUAUUGUUCAUCGUGAUGGCAAAGCAUCCGAAUCUAUUUACGGUGGCACCUUUCCAGACGAGAAUUUCAGGAUUAAACAUUCUCAUGCUGGCGUUGUCUCUAUGGCUAAUUCAGGACCUGAUUCCAAUGGUUCACAGUUUUUCUUUACCACAGUGAAGGCCAGUUGGUUGGAUGGAGACCAUGUUGUUUUUGGCAAGGUUGUUCAAGGGAUGGAUACCGUGUUUGCAAUUGAAGGGGGGGCUGGAACCUAUAGUGGGAAACCAAGGAAGAAGGUAGUAAUUGCGGACUCUGGAGAGAUACCGAAGAGCAAGUGGGACGAGGAAAGUUGAACACCAAAACCACAUUUACCAAAACAAUGAUUUGGUUGGACUGUGUUAGAACAUGAUUCUGGGUUUCAAAUCAUGAUUUGAUAGGAAAUGAAGUGUAUACUUUCUCAAAUCAUGGUUUAUAACAUAUAAAACCAAACGUGCUACAUCUUGACCCCAAAAAAUUGGUAGAUUGUAACAAAAUUGAUUUUAAUUUCAUAGCUUACUAUACGUGUGUAUUUAUUCUAAUAUUACAAUAUUAACCAGGCACUGCAACUUCAAAGUGCAUUCUGUGUUCUAGUAUGUAUUUAUGCUUGUGCUGCACUUCAUA